AUGAGCGGCUUUGAGCCCAUUCAGUUGUUUUUCCAUGAACAACAACAAGGACAAGGACAACAACACGCGGGAAUAGCCUUCGACAUGGUUGUUCCCAAUCAGCCGGAGUCAAACGGAACUGGGGACAGUUCAAUCAACCAGACGCUCCAUCAACAAUUGUACAACAUUUACAACACUACUACAGCUCCUGAAUUGUCCAACGAUCAAUACCAAGCUCCUCCAUUUGACCUUUCCGGCCUGAGUCAACCUUUCAUUCCAAGUGGCAAUCGUGAGGUCUUGUGGGACGCACGAUUGAGUUCUGGGACUCCCGACAACGAGGAGACACUCAGAACAUCAACAACUACACCUCAAACCCAGCAACAAAGCAACGAUCACUUAUCAUCGAUGAACAUCAGCACAACUCCACAACAGAACAACUUGUCUUCUACCAGAAACAUCCUUGCAUUCGAAGCGCCGCCUCCCCCGUUGGCUGCUUUCAACACGAGCUCGACCAACCCCUCGGAACAUCAUCCUUCUGUCAGCAUGGGCAUGGGCCAUAAUAUAGACGUCACGAACGCAUCUUGGGCUUUGGAAGAAAACAAGAUGUCACGAUCCACUACCACCACACCUGAAGGAAAGAACCGAGAUGGCGAUGAUAGCACCGUCCAGUCAACGGCCGUCCUCUCUCACGACGGGGAUGCCGACGACAUGCUGAGCCCUGCUUCCAUGUUGAGCCCAGCUUCUUCACCAAGGGUUGUUCCCGCUGCAGGUCCAGUGCACGAUUCGGAAGAAGGACCAGAGACCACCACCAUCAUUGGGACUCCCUCGACUGUCUCUACGGCGCCGUCGACGGAAGACGCGUCCUUGGGGUCCGACGCAAUCGACAAAAUUGGUCUCAAGCUGGACCCAACACACAUCGAGCCAGCUCCAUUCACUCUGCACCAGAGAGCUCCCUCUUGGGACAGGUCGCCCGUCACUAGGAGCUUGUACUCGGAUACAGAGAUUAGCGCCUCGAACACGCCACGAGAUGCGGCCAUGCAACAACAACAGCAACAACAGUACUGGGCAUCUCAGCAACAGCAGCAGCAACAACAGGUGGGCGAACAAGUUAACAUUAGGGCUCAGGUGUAUGCCCAUCACCACCAGCAACAACCGCAGCAGCACACUGCUUGGAGUUCCCCACAUACCACUCAGUCUCGUGUGGCCGGCUUCCCUGCCGACGAGACCGCAAGGCACGACUCGCAGCAACGUGGGAUUCAUCCGUAUGCCCACAUGCCAGCGACACAACCACAUCGUAUGCACCAUGGCCAACAGCAGCCGCAGCAAGUGACAGAGCGUACUUGGCACCAGCCGCCUCGACACUUUGCGGGACCCGGGGAUCAGCUUCAAGCGAGAGGGCACAUCUCGCAACAGGAGGGGCUCCCACCGCACGGACCUCAUCGUCAGGGAUUCAACCCUUAUGUACGCAGGCCUGGGUACCCUCCGCACCAUCCGCAACACCCUUCGGUGAGUCCCCAACGUCCGCGACGGGGUCAACAGCAAGGCCCCAGCCCGCACCGAGGUCAGCCACACCACCAAGGCGGGCCUGGUUCUGGGGCGGGUCCUUCCGGAGGGGGCGGUGGUUCCUCACGUUCCUCAUCCGAAAUACUCAAGACCCUUCUUCGUAAGAAAGCCUGCCUUUACGAACCCGAUACAUCCAGAGCCGUGGCCUUGGUCACUUGGCUCGUGGGUCGUGAGUUGGCGCUCGAGCAUGGCUACUUUUCAAGACAGCAACUGCAAGCCGGUGUGCAUGCCUGUGUCGCUGACAAGAUUGAAUGUGGCACCAUCACAAGGACGAAGGUGAACCGCUGCAUGCAGAUCAUCCUGAACAGUUGCUUCCACUACAUCAUCCCGCGCCCUGAUGGAACCGAAGAAAAAGGACACACGUUCCGACUUUCUUUUGAGGGAGAAGUCAGCGACGACUCGUUCCUGUUGCGGUUCUUGCCUGCCCCUUGGAACGAUUUGAUGGUUAACCGAGAGGUCGUCCUUCAAGCGUCGACGGCAGAACUGGAUGGCAAGUCAGAGCAACCCCGAAGCAACCAUUCGUCUCCGAAGGGCUCGCCUUCGCUGAAGCCGAUGAGCCAUCCGAGCCAAGGCAGUCCUAACCGAGAUCAGGCUCAAGGUGAAGCUACUUUUGACGGCGACUCGAAGCGCGCAGUGCUUCUAUGCUUUAACGAGAACGUACGAUCAGCCGAGGACGUCUUUCGUUGUCAUAACGAGUUCAUCCGUGACAGCGCUCAUUCGUCCAACUUGCAGCUGACGGCUCACGAGUGGCGUAUCUUCUUUGGAAAGGAAGCUGCAAGCACUCCUCAUAUCUGGGGCAACAUUGGAAUCCCCGUUGUGGCCGUCGACUCGGGGGAUGGAUCGGGAAGGAAGGUCGACGUUUUGGGGCUCAUGACGCCUCCCGAAGCAGGCAAGUUCCGCACUACCUGGUGCGCCAAGCGCUAUGAUCACGAUCACGAGUUCUGUGGUAUGGCUCACGUCGAAGUUAACGGCGGGUGGCUCCGUCGCGAUCCCAAUGUGCAUCACUACACGGACGAGAUGUGCCCUUCGGUUGUCAAGACUGCCGACAAACGGAUCGGCCCCAACUUUUUUGUUAUCAACUCGUGUCCUAAGGGGGUUGACUGUGAGUUUGCACAUUCUCACGAAGAGAUGAUCUAUCACCCGAGACGCUAUAAGUGCAAGCCCUGCCCUUCGAUUAUGCGAUCUGGGGCUUGCCGCUUUGGUGACAUUUGCCCUCACCACCACCCAAGUGAUUCCAUUCGGCCAACGAGCAAGAAGGAAGGAGGACGCCCUCCGGGUCCUCGUGUGGGCAGAGCCAUGGGACCUACACCAGGCGGUGGAAAGGGCCACAUCGGUCUUCCUCAGGGAUCGCCUAUCAUGUAUGCCAGUCCCGCGCCUGUUUCAAGCUUCGAGAAGCAUUUGUUAAUGCCCGGCUUACAGAACUUGUUCAGGCGUCAGUGUACUGUGUACCGCGCCCAUUUGCGCAAUCCCAAUUGCCGUUGUUGCUACAGUUACUUCGGCGACGACGCUGGGAUUCAAGCAAACGAUUCAGCUACUUCAAGACCCAACACGGGCGGGCCUGGUGCCCCUGCUUCUAUGCGCAUGUGA